AUGGGACAGUUGUUCAGCUUCUACAAUUCAACAUUAGACAUCACAUACAGAGCAAGUGGAAGAAGAAAGAAAUUAGAUAGUUUCCAUAGUUACCCUUCUGAGGAGCAAGUCAUGCCAUCAACAACACCCCCAGCUAUCACCGACACUCCCAGCCAUCACCAUCAUCCACUGCCAUCAACAACACCCCCAGCUAUCACCGACACUCCCAGCCAUCACCAUCAUCCACUGCCAUCAACAACACCCCCAGCUAUCACCGACACUCCCAGCCAUCACCAUCAUCCACUGCCAUCACCAACAUCCCCUGCAAUCCCCAACACCCCAUGCCAUCACCAACAUCCCCAGCCAUCUACAACACCCCCUGUCAUCACCGACACCCCCUGCAAUCCCCAACACCCCAUGCCAUCACCAACAUCCCCAGCCAUCUACAACACCCCCUGUCAUCACCAACAUCCCCUGCAAUCCCCAACACCCCAUGCCAUCAACAACAACCCCAGCCAUCAACAAAAAAACCUGUUAUCACCGACACCCCCUGCCAUCACCAACACCCCCUGCCAUCACCAACACCCCCUGUCAUCACCAACGUCCCCUGACAUCACCAUCAUCCCCUGCCAUCACCAUCAUCCCCUGCCAUCACCAACGCCCCCAGCAAUCACAAACGUCCCCUGUCAUCACCAACGUCCCCUGACAUCACCAUCAUCCCCUGACAUCACCAACAUCCCCUGCCAUCACCAUCAUCCCCUGCCAUCACCAACGCCCCCAGCCAUCACAAACGUCCCCUGUCAUCAGCGACACCUCCUACCAUCACCAACACCCCCAGCCAUCACCAACGUCUCCUGCCAUCACCGACACCCCCUACCAUCACCAACACCCCCAGCCAUCACCAACGUCCCAUGCCAUCACCGACACCCCCUACCAUCACCAACAUCCCCUGUCGCCACCACUAGCCCCUACCAUCACCAACGUCCCCAGCUAUCACCAACACCCAUUACCAUCACCAUCAUCCCCUGCCAUCACCAACAACCCUAA